AUGUAUAUUUCUAUUAAAUACAUAUAUUUUAUGAUGUUGUCCUUCAAAUUCUCAUUGAAAUUUAUUUAUAUACUGAUCGCUAAUAUAAAACCUGCCAAUUUAGUCAUUUUAUCUUGUCCAUCGUUGAAAAUUGACGAAUUAAAUACUGAAAAUAAUAUACCCAAUGGAAGGCUGAAGAAAUUCCACAUAAACACUCUAAAUCAUUAUGGAAAUCCAAGUUUUUUUCAGAUAAAAUCAAAUCCCUCUAUUGCUUAUAAUAGUGUAGAACUGAUUGCUGACCUUAAUAACAUCUUGUACGGACAAAUCAACAUUGGUACAGAUCCCAGUUAUACAUUUAACGUAAUUUUUGACACAGGAUCUUCGGAAGUUUGGGUACCCUAUAAAACAUGCAACUGCAAGCAGUGCCUAAAUAAGCAUAAGUAUUCUAAGAGUUCAACGUUCAAACCUGUUAAAGAUGAAAGUGGCAAUGCCACAGCUGUGUCUGUUAGAUAUAUAUCUGGAUCUAUCAAUGGGUUUAAAGGAAUUGAUGACAUAAAACUAACCGAUAGUUUAACUGUCCCAGGCGUUUGCAUUGGGCUUGCAACAAACUAUGAAAUGCCAAAUUAUGUUAAAAUGACCUGGGAUGGUAUCAUAGGAUUGGGCUUCCCAAACACAGAAUCAUUAGAUAAUGGAUUAGAUUCUUUGGUUAAAAAGUUAACCAAUGGAUUACAGAGUGGUAUGAGGAAUCAGUUUUCCUACUAUGUCCACAAAGAUUCAACUGGCGGAUUUAUAAGAGGAAUGAUCACUUUUGGAGGAAUAGAUAAAUCGCUACUCUCCAAUGGGAAUAUUUUUUAUUGGACAAACUGUGCCACGGACACUUCGUAUUGGACAGUAAACUUUAAAGUAUCAGUUUCAAAUUAUAACAGUUCAUCCGCAAAUAUCAUUGGUAUCGCAACAAGAGGCAUUCUAGAUACUGGGAGCCAACUAAUUUACAUACCUAAGGAGGAUUACCAACAAUUAGGAUUGGGAAACUUAAAUUGUAAAGAAUCACAUACAUUACCCACUUUGAAUUUAAUAUUCUCUGAUACUAUAGGAGGCGAUUUUACACUAAAAUUGGCACCUAACGACUACGUAAUUAACUAUGGAGGAGAAGAUUGCGAUUUGGGGAUAAUAAUGGAGGAUCAAACUGAGAAUUAUGGAAUAGAAGGAUGGACUUUAGGCCAGAAAUUCUUUCAGGUUUUCCAUACCAUAUUCGACAUUGACUCUAGGAGCGUUGCCUUUAGGACUGUGUAA